AUGAUCAGGAGGGUGGGCAACAAUAUUUUGAAAGCACUGGCAACAGCUGCUAAAUCCAAAACAGUUAACGCUUCAGUGUUUCGCAGCUAUGCUGUGCUUUCAUCAAAAGGUGAUCAAACCAUCGAACACAACACUAAAACUGAAACAAAUCGGUUAUCGAAGACGCUCAAAAAGUUUUGGAUCAAUGUCGACACACGUUUCAAUGAAAAAACUCAAUCAUGGGACAUCUGUUUAGAUGAUAAACCCAUCAAAACUCCCCUUGGCUUUCCAUUGGCAAUUCCCAAAUGCAAAAAGGACUUGGCUUAUUUAGUCGCUCACGAGUGGGCUAACUUGGCCAACUUGAAGGUUAAAACCAAUUCCUUGCCACUCACUUCUUUGGUUGCUCGUACCAUUGACCUAAAGGAAACUAACAAAAAUGACAACCCUGACCUUGUGGCCAAGGUUGGGAACUUGGAUGAUAUUAAGAUGGAGUUUUUACGUUUCUUCAAUACCGAUACUUGUCUUAUAUUUACCACGAAAGAUGAGUAUGAUGGUAGAUUACGUCAGCGUCAGGAUGAGCUUUACCUUCCCCUCAUCAAGGAAUAUGAAGACUUUUUCACAAAAUGGGGCAAGGAACAUGACUUGUUACCUGAACCAAGCUUCAAGGUGAAAAUUAACUAUUUGGAUUGUGAGACGGAUGGGAUCAGGGGUAACGAUCAGGAUUCAAUCACACAGAAGGUCGUCCUUAACUGGCUCGAUGCAUUGCCAGUUGAUGAUAUCGUUGCCAUGGAAAAAACUAUCAUGACGGCGAAGUCAUUCCUUUGUGGGGCACUGUUAGUGAGAUCUAACUGCGGCGACCCUAAGCUCAUGAAAGAGUUGUACCAAUUCAAUAAGGAUGGUCCCGAAACGUACUUCCACAAGACUAUCCCUGAAAUUAUUGAGUUAGGGAACUUGGAAACUAUAUAUCAAACAGAGGAAUGGGGUGAGGUUGAAGACACUCAUGACGUGGACAAAGUCGAUUGGAUUAGAAACUUGACCGCUGCAGCCUUAUUGGUACAUUAA